AUGGUGCAGCUCCCCCUGCUGGUGACAGCCCAGGUGGACGUCAUCCUCCUGCUGGUCUCCCUGUUGGCCUUCUGGACCCUGAGCCACCUCAGCUACCCUAAUGCUGUGGUGUUUGAUGUAUAUUAUGGACAGUUUGUGUCUCUCUACAUGAAGAGAGUGUUCUUCAUUGAUGAUAGCGGCCCACUCGGUCACAUGAUACUGGCUUUUGGAGCCUACCUGGGAGGUUUUGAUGGGAACAUUGUGUGGAACAGAAUUGGAGCAGAGUACCCUGGCAGUGUCAGUGUGUGGAGUUUGAGAUUGCUGCCAGCUCUGUGUGGUGCUUUGUGUGUUCCUCUCGUUUAUCUUCUCACUCUGGAGCUGAAGUUCUCUCAUCUGUCAGCACUGGGAGCUGCUCUGCUACUGCUACUGGAGAAUUCUCUAAUUGUCCAAUCACGCUUCAUGUUACUGGAGUCCGUUCUCAUCUUCUUCAUUUUAUUGGCCUUCUUCUCCUAUCUGCGUUUUCAUAAUGCUCCACACAGUUCAUGGUUCAGAUUUUUCUGGCUCUUCCUCUCUGGAGCCUCCUGUGCAGCAGCUGUUGGGGUGAAGUACAUGGGCGUGUUCUCGUACCUGCUUCUCCUGGGCGUGGCCUCUGUGCACACCUGGAACCUGAUUGGAGACCAAACUGUCAGUCAUCUGAGUGUGUGUGUGCAGUGGUGUCGAACAGUGUGUCUGUUGGUAGUUCCAGUUCUCCUCUACAUCUUCUGGUUUUAUAUCCACCUGAGCAUCCUGUACCGCAGCGGACCACAUGACCAGCUGAUGAGCUCUGCCUUCCAGGCCAGCCUGGAGGGUGGCCUCUCCAGGAUCACACAGGGUCAGCCUCUGGAAGUCUCCUACGGCAGUCAGGUGACAUUAAGAAACUCGGCCUCCCAGCCUGUGCCUUGCUGGCUUCACUCACACAAAGCCAACUACCCAAUCAGGUAUGAUAAUGGGCGGGGCAGCUCUCACCCACAGGUCACCUGUUAUCCUUUCAAAGAUGUCAACAACUGGUGGAUCAUCAAAGAUCCCGGCAGACAGGACCUGGUGGUCAGCAGUCCUCCCCGACCUGUCCGUCACGGUGAUGUCAUCCAGCUGGUUCACGGAAUGACCUCUCGCUUCCUCAACAGUCAUGAUGUUGCAGCUCCCAUGAGCCCUCAUGCCCAGGAGGUGUCAGGUUACAUCGACUUUAACGUUUCCAUGGCUCCGCAGAACCUGUGGAAAGUGGACAUCUCCAACAGGGAGGCAGAGUCUGACGUUUGGAAGACGAUCUUGUCUGAGGUGCGACUGGUCCAUGUCAACACCUCAGCUGUCCUGAAGCUGAGUGGUGCUUCUCUUCCAGACUGGGGUUUCCGUCAGUUAGAGGUUGUAGCAGAGAAGUUGUUUAAGGUUCACAGCAGCAGUCUGAGCUGGACGGUGGAGGAGCACAGAUACGGAACCAGUCAAGAACAAAAGGAGCGGGAGGCGGAGCUUCAUUCUCCCACUCAUAUUAAUGUGGAUAGAAAAAUAUCUUUCUGGGCGAAGUUUAUGGAACUUCAGUGGAAGAUGCUGACGGUGAAACAGGAAGACUCUGAACAUAAAUACAGCUCCGUCCCCUUAGAGUGGAUCACCCUGGAAACCAACAUUGCAUAUUGGUUGCAUUCUUCCAACAACGCUCAGAUCCAUCUGAUUGGUAACCCGGUGUCAUGGGGCGUGGCCAACCUCAGUCUACUGGUCUAUCACCUGCUGGCAGUCAUCUACCUACUGAGGAGGAGACGGGGCUUCAAAGACCUGCCUGAUGGUGAGUGGUGUCGCUUCCUGUCUCUGGGCGCUGUUUGUGUUGGAGGUUGGAUGGUGAACUUUGUUCCGUUCCUGCUGAUGGAGAAAACUUUGUUCCUCUAUCACUACCUGCCAGCCCUCUGCUACCUGCACCUGCUGAGCCCCGCCCUGCUGGAGCAUGUCCACGCCCAUCGACUCAGCUGUGUUGCACACCAACGUUCCCUGUAUGUGUGCAUCUUGGCUCUGGCAUUGUCCGUCUUCCUGUCCUAUCGCACCUUCUGCCCUCUGACUUAUGGCAAACCAGAGCUCUCAGCCAAUCAGCUGCAAGGACUCAAGUGGAGAGACUCCUGGGAUAUCCUGUAUCGCCGCCGGUAGAUGGAGUGAGACAGAUUCUCUCUGUGGACCAGUACUGAAAGGUUUUUUCCCUUUCUCUGUUUACAAGGAACUGCUGAAUAUAUCAUCAGGUAUUUCUGUGGAGGACAUUGUUGAAGUUCAAGGGGGAGCCUGUGGGCUGAUUUAAUGUGAUUCAAAUAAAAGACUGAACUACUU